AUGAAGGAUUCAUUUUUAGGUUUGGAACCGGAAAGGGAAGGUGGAGAGAGCAAGAGGGUUCACACCAAUCAACGGCCAGAAGUUUGAAUUUUUCUUCGUCGUUUUUUGGGAAAAACUGAAUCAUAGGCAAAGUCGGAAAGGGUCCAUAGAAAUUUUCCUUUUUUGCUGCCUUUUUACGCAAUUCUCUCAGCCCUUACGCGCCAUUUUUGCUGCUUUUUCCUUUUUCCACCAUUUCUCGAGCCUUUAAAAUCCCAGAAAAUGGAAGGCUCAAUAAAGGGAACUUUUUUGCUGCCUUUUUGCAGCCUUUUUUGAGCCUUUCCCUUCAAGCGGCCAUUAUCCCCCAUUCCGACUUUGCCCGAGAAGACUCCUUAAAAGGUUCUUUCAAAAAAGGACUUCUCAUGGUCUCGAACAGAUUUUUUAUUCUAAUUUUGCUCUUUUUAAUUUUUACCAUUAGGAAAAAGUUCACCGAGGUGAAGAAAAAAGAGCUCGAAAGCUUUUCCAUCAUUUUUAGAGCUUGUAGUGGAACUUUUUCAGGUCCUUGUUACACUAAGGUUCCUCAAAAAGAAGCUUUUUCCGUUUUGGCUUUAUUUAUAGAUAUUUCGAAGUCUAAAGUCCUAUACCCGUAAUGAAAAAUUGAACGAAAAUCUUCAAAAAGUCCUCCCGAAACUAACAAAAAAAAAUUUUUCUUCGAUUUUUCAUCACGUGUUUAAAGCCAUUUCGGCCUCAAAAAUUGACAAUUUUCUUUUUAAAGAGCAUAAUUUCGUGAGUCUUGUAAGAAUUUGGUAUUCCUUUUUUUGAAUUAAAUAAAGUUUUAAUUAAGGAAAAUCAACCCGGGCCUUCAACUUCAACUUUGAAAGAAGAACCAGAUGCCGAAACGGAAAAAGUUUAUUUUAAUCUAAUUUUCAGAUAAAGAAAAUAUUGAAGGGUUCAGGAUUUUUUAAAUUAAUUUUUCCACUUUCUUAUUCGAUGUUUUUUCAUUAUAAAUUCGUGUUUAUUGAAUUUAAAAAAUAUCAUUUGAAAAUUUUUAGUGUCCAUUUUAGUGUAUUCCUUUUCAUUGUCAACUUUAGGGUUUUAAUUUUCUCGUGGCUAUUAUAAUAGUCGAAUUAGUGACCACUAUAGCAGUCGAUUUGGUGGUCACUUAAGUGGCUAAUAUUUAGUAGUCUCUUUAGAAGUCUAAGUGGUACUACUUACUUGACCACUAAAACUACUAUAGUGGCCAUUAAGACCUAAAAUAUUGGCUUUUAUAGAGGUGGUUUUAGUGGCCACUUUAGUGUUCUCUCUAAAUGGUCCUUGAGAAAACUCUUAAGUGGCCACUAGAGUUUUUUUCGCAGUAGUUUUAUUUUUUUAGAAAAAAAUAAAGAUGCUUCUUAAUGUUCAGCCUACUACAAAAUGAAUAAAAAAAUAAAUAAAAAAAUAAUUUAUAUUAUUCCAGUUGGAAAGCCCUGACCUCGGCGAUUGCGUCCUCCCGUCAGAAGAAAGGUUUCGGAAAUUUGCACGAAAUUAUUCAUUUUCAGUUGAACUUAUAACUUUUUAAAGGCAUAGGGGCUAGAGUUCUCAAAAGUAAAUGUUUGAACGAACGUUCAACCAAACAUUUUCCGAACGUUUGAUGAAUUCGACCAAUUAGUUAAAUUUCACAUGAACCGUUUGUUAAAAACUUCAUUUUGGUUAAAUUUCAUAACUGAGCAUUUAAAAAAAAUGAACAAUUACUUAUUUUUCGAAAAAAAUUUUGGUUAAAAAAAUGAACAUUUAAAUUUCAUUUUGAAAUUUUUUUGGUCAAAAAAAGUGAACAUUUAAAUUUCACUUUGAAAAAUUUCUUUCAAAAAGGUAAACAUUUAUUCAUUAAUUAAUUCAUUACUAUUACGGCACUUGGCAGUAUCUGUGCCAGAGUCAAUUCUAUCUCAGUCUUCUCCAAAUGAAAUCAUGAAUCGAUUACUUCGAAGUUCAAACUAAUUUCUGGUUAAAAAAAUUAAUAAAUCUGUUGGAAAACAGUGAUCUGGAUGGUCAAGGGCAAAGCUAAAAGCCGGUUAAGGCCGAGAAAAAUUAUAUGGAACCGGUCAAAAAAAUGAGCAGACCGGAAGAAAGGUUCUAUCUGGAGAAUUAAUUGAAUGAGGAAAAAAAGGAAAAGUAUAGAUUUGGAUUUUUGGUUCGGAAAAUCCAGGUUCGGAAAAUUAUCGGCCAAAAAAUGAACAUUUAAUUUUCACAGUUGAAAAAAAAUUUUUUUUUCUCUACGAAAAGGUAAACAUUUCAAAUUCGUUUUGAAAAUUUUGGUCAAAAAAAUGAACAUUUAAAUGUCGUUUCGGAAAUUUUGGUCAAAAAAGUAAACAUUUAAAUUUCACUUUUGAAAAUUUUGGUCAAAAGAGUGAACAUUUAAAAUUCGUUUCGAAAAUUUUGGUCAAAAAAGUGACCAUUUACUUUUCACUUUCAAAAAUUUGGUCAUUAGGACGAACAUUUAUUUACUAGUCAGAAUAUGAUUGUUUAGAAAAUGACCAUUCAUUUUUUUCAGUCAUUAUUUGAAAUGUGACAAAAUGAAAAGAAUGAAAGUGAUCAAUUUUUGGUUGAUCUUUCAAAAAAACGACAUUCGUUUGAAAUGUCAAAAAGAAAAUUUUUCGUUUUUGAAAAAUGUCAUUUUUUUCAAUUGGUCAUUUUGUGAACUCUAAUAGGGGCAGUAAAAAAUGGGGUUUCAGGUAAAAGCAGUAUCGUAUAUAGUUUUUCAUUGCGAAUCGAAUGGUGUACUCAAAAAAAUUACAGAUGUGACAAGUUUAGAAGAAAAACGCGAUUUUACUUUCCCGCCUUUAAUUUUGAAAAAAGCUUUGGAUCGGCCUACGGACAAACGUUUAUUACAGUAGUCGUGCACGCGAUGUUGCGGACGUCUCAUUAGGCUCGCAUUUUGUGUGAAAUAACCGGAUUUCUGCUUCAAAUUAAGGGUUUCUUCUCUGAAAAAUCGAUUAAGAAAACAGAAAACACACAUUGAUAAUAAAGAAAACACAAAUAAUCGCUAUCCCAAUCGAAACCUGUGAAAAAUCAUCAUUUUUCACCAGAAAAGCUUUUUUGCGAUCAAAGUUUGCAAAUUAUACAUGAAUAGAAAGUAUUUGUGACGAAAAGAACUUUGGUGACAACAGAAACAAUUGAAAAUUGAAAGAAACGAAGAAAAAAGCGAAAUAUCCGGAAGAUGGCGAAGCCUGUUGUCCAUAGAGCAACUUUACUGCGAAGCGCCCUUUUUGCGGGAACUCAAGCUUUCAUUUCUCCGACUUUGAAUUAGUUUUUCUCCAAAACCAGGAACUUCUGUACGUUUUCAAGUUCACCGUUCGAUUCGCAAUGAAAAGCUCUACAAAGAACUGCUUUGAACUGAAACACCGUUUUUUACUGCCCCUAUGCCUUGAGGGGAAGUUUCCUUGCAAAAAAAAAGGACAGCAAAGUUUUUCCAUCCACAUAAGUCAACUUUUUUUUUUUUUGAAAAACGUUUUGGUUUUUUUUUUUCGAAUAAAGUAGUGAAUUAGGCAUUAAAUUUCGUUUUUUUUUUGUGGGAAUCCUCGUUAUUUUUAAGUUACUAAAAUGUUAUUUUUAGUUUUUUGAUUCGGAUAUUAUUGCUUUUAGCUAUCAUUUUUUUUUGCGAUUUCUUCAUCUCCCAAUUGAAAAAAUGCCAUCUUCAAAUGAUUGAAACUCUUCAGACGAGCCGAAAUUCUGAAAGAACUCGAAGAUUCGUUCCCAAAUUUCGAGACUUUAAUACCGGGCAACCUGGAAAUGAUCAAGAAAGUCGACAAUUUCACAAAGAAAAUCACAUCUUUCUUAGGGUUUGUUUCCUUUUUUUUUUGUGUUGGUUGAAGUUGGUGCGUUUGGAAUUAUUCCGCGAAAUACGCAAAUUUGGAAUUUUGGCGAGAAAAGUUUGGGUCCCAAAACGAAAAGGCGAUUAUUGCGCGCGAAAUUCUUAAUUUGAAAUUUUUAACUUUUACGUGUAGUUUUCUCCUGCGUAAUGCGCUAAGUUGAACUUUCUGACAGCUUUGUAAAAAUUUUGGGUCCUACAACGAAAUGGUGACUUUUGCGCGUGAAUUUCGAAAUUUUGGAAUUUUUGGGACAUUUCUUGAUCUGCGCAUUUUUCGAAAUAAGUGAUAAUUUGGCCUUUUUCACGCAAAGUUUUGGACUUCCCAAAGACGGUAUUUCGUUGUAGGACCCAAUUUUUUCAGCUUCCAACUUGAUUUUGAUUUUGCGUCAUUUUUGAAAUCUACAAUAUCACAUUUAGAAGCUGCCGAUUUUCUCAUUCAUUCUUAAGCCCAGUUCAAAGGGAUUCCGAAAAAAGCGAAAUAUAGUCUGUACAAAUUUUGAAUCUCAACUCCUCGCUCAAGCUCCGCCCCUAACGACCCUAUGAAUCAAUCAGAGAGCGAGCCAACCACAGAGCGUUUUCGAAUGACGUCAUUGUAUAUUCUGUUCAGAUUUUAAAUUUUAAGCCCAAUGACGUCAUCCGAAAACGCUCUGUGGAUGGCUCGCUUUGUGAUUGGUUCAUCGGGUCGUUGGGGGCGGAGCUUGAGCGAAUUCCGGACUUUCAAAAUCUGAAAAGACUAUAGUCGUCAGAGAGGAAUAGAUAUUCAAAUUUUGGAAAGUCAGAGACAAUUUAGAACUUGGCGGGAUUACUUUUAACACGGCUAUGAAGAGAAUUUUUAGGAGGAUUGAGAGAUUGUUCACCUCCGAACGGCGUCCAUUGGCAUCUUUUUUUCAAGCUAUCGGACUUUAUGUCGAUAUGGAUGAGAGCGAUAGAGAAUGUAUUGAAUCGGUGAGGAAUCCAAAAUCCGAGUGGAAGGGAAAAAAUAUCUGUAUUUCGAAAACCUUUGAACAAAUUGUUGAAUAGCUUCUUGAUUCUAACUUUUGUCACAUUUCUUCAAGGUUUUUAAUAAAUCAAAUGCAAAAAUAUAUUUAUUAGGAUGUUUUAGAUUAUUUUAACGCUUUUCCGUUUGAUUUUUGAAAAAAAAUUCAAAAUUAAGAAAAAGAAAAAAAUUUAAUCGGCAAUAGUGGCGACUUCACCUCAGAGCAACCUUACUGCAAAAUUAAUUUACACGGGACUCAGGAAUUCCAGAGUGGUCGCUAUAGGGGCUAAUAAGGAAAAAGAGCCCAUAUAAUUAGGGACCGCAAGCCGUUUCUUCAGAACGAUUCAAAAAAUAUGUUUUUCACAUUGUUCGAUAGAGGAGACUGUCCAUUUUCAUAAUCCGUUUAGUUUUUGAAAAAAGCUCCACUAAGAAAAAAGUUAUGGCCAAAAAACGAGCGCGCUCGGCGUUCAACUGGAGGCGAAAUCUCACGGUUUACCCGCUGCCGCACGCUUUCUUUUUUUAAAUGUUUUUUUGCGCAUUUCUGGACCGUUUUUCAAAUCGGUUUUUCUGUUCUGAGAGGUUGUCCGAACUUGAGCCUCAUGUUUUUGGAUGAAUCUUUUGUACAAUCCUCAUAAGAAGUUUUUUUAAUACAAUAUCAAAAAAACUACCUAGAAAAAAAGGUCAAAAGGGAUUUUUUUCAGCUUAUUUUUUUCUUUUUUUCUACUCAGAAAAAAAUUUAUUAUCAUUCGAUUUGGAAAAUAAGAAAAAAAUGAAAAAAAUGAUGUUAUAUCGAAAUAAAACAGGAAAAAAAGUGCAAUUUGACUCCGAAAAAAACGGCUCCUGCGACAUUUAAAAUGGGCGCAUCGGUGUGUUUGACGCAAACACUGCUACGGACACUUGCACGAAAUCUUCCGAAAUUUCAAAAAAAUUGCCAUUUUUUUCGAGGUUUUUCAAAGCCGUUAUUUUUUUCGCGUCGAUCGAUUUUUUUCAUAAUUUUUUUCAUUGAUAGAGUUUUUGAACGCUUAAUAACAUAAUCAAAAAAAUAUAGACGCGAUCCUAUUCUCUCAUGCGUCAACGAGGCAGACGAAAAAAAGGAGGUUUUUGGAAAAAAACUCAAAUAUAAUUUGAUUCGCUGUCCCAAUAAUUAUUUUUCAUUUUGAAUUUUUUUAUUUUUUUGGACACUUUGUUAGUUUUUUUAAAUCAAAUAAAAAGUAUACCAUGUCGCUGAAAAAUUUUUUUCGCAUUUCAGCUUCAAAGUUUGCUGUCACUUUACAAGCUUUUAAUAUUUUUUUCGCGUCGGUAGAUUUUUUUCAUUUUCACUCAAAAAAAUAAAGAAAGUGUUAAUGUAUAACAUACUCAAAAUUCAGAAGCGUUCCUCACUUGGUUUUCUGAAACGCGACGAUUUUGUGAAACUUGUCAGUUUUUUUCGUGUUAAAUCUUACUUUUUUUCGCUUAAUUUUUGAAAAAAAUACAUAGUUUUUAAAAAAAUAUUGAGUCUUGUAGAGCGUUGUCGAUUACAUAGGUUAACAGAAACAGUUCAUUUUUAAAGAGGGACUUUAGCUAGUAUAAACGCCUCAAAACCGUUUUUGCAACAAAAAAAUCGUCAUUUUGGUGGCGUGAAGGGGCGGGGCUUUGCGCCCCCUACAUAUAAUGGGUCGAAAAGUGGUCCCUAGAGAGGUGUGGGAUCUGACCACAGCUUCUAAAAAGCAAGUGGUCCCUAUAGGGGUCUUCAGUACUAGUUCAUUUUAUAAAUUUAAAAGAUAAAUUUGAUCAUUUUAUCCUAUUUUCAUGCUUUUCUUUCAAAAAUAAUCAAUUUUUUAAUUUUUUUCCCAUGGAAACGCUUUUCCUCCUAAAAUUCAUAACACUAGCAUGACCCCUUUAGGGGCCUCUUUUACGAGCUUUGUAGCCCCUAUAGGGGUUGGUAAAGUGAUCCCUAGAGAAGAUAUUGCAAUGUCUCUAAGGUUGCCCCUAUAGGGACCACUCCGGAGUUCCUAAGAAGGUCUAGAAGGAGAUCUCUUUGAAAAAUGGUCGCCCUUGUCAGGGCGAAAAAACUUGUACCUUUCUAAUGUUUUUGAUAAAUGUAGGAUGUAUUUUUGUCCAGUUAGAAAAUUCGGUUUUUUUAAAGCUUCUGCAAGGUCCUGAAGUGUACUUACGAUACAUCGGCACUUGGGCACCCAUCAAAACUCGAUUCAAAUUCGAAAUAACCCCCGCAGGCAGGUUCAUCGUCAAGGUUGAACGAUCGACCCUUUUUUUGAAGUUGAAAUCGAAUUUUCAGACUCAUCCGAGCUUUCAUAUCCUCAGUCUUCCAGGAGGUAAAAAUCAAUAA